GGAUGAACUCCAUGAAUUUGGACAUUAGACCAUCAAUGGAAGGCCUCAAACUUUCUUUCUUCUUCACCUCUUUAUUUUCCAUGUUUAUAAUGUCCAGUGCAGUAGACAUAAUAACUAAAACCCAGUUCAUUACAGGCAGCCAGACCGUAGUUUCAUCUGGUGGGAGCUUUGAGAUGGGAUUUUUCAGCCCGGGCAAUCCCCAGAAUCAAUACUUGGGAAUAUGGUACAAGAAAAUAUCUUCUAGGACUGUUGUAUGGGUUGCCAACGGAGAAAUCCCACUCAUCGAUUCAUCAGGUGUCUUGAAGGUAAUUGACCCUGGAAUUCUGGCUCUUCUCAAUGGUACCAGCAGUGUCAUUUGGUCUGCCAAUGUGACAAGAUCCACAGUACAGGAUCCUAUUGGUCAACUUUUAGAGUCAGGAAAUCUUGUCGUGAGAGAUGCCAAUGAUGACAACCCAGAGCAUUUUCUCUGGCAAAGUUUUGAUCAUCCAUGUGAUACUUUUUUACCAGGCAUGAAACUUGGAAAAAAUUUUGUAAGUGGCUUAGAGCGGCACCUUUCAUCAUGGAAGAGCUCUGAUGAUCCAGGUCAAGGUGAUUUUGCAUUUCGGUGUGAUCCCCAAGGAUAUCCACAACUUAUUCUGAGUAAUGGUUCCAUUGAGCUGUUCCGGACUGGACCAUGGAAUGGUCUUGGAUUCAGUGGGACUCCAGGCCUGAAACCAAAUUCCAUCUACACAUAUGGAUUGGUUUUCACCAAGGAGGAGGUGUAUUUCGAUUAUGAUAUCGUUAACAGCUCAGUUGUUUCAAGGUUGGCUCUAAGUCAUGAUGGCAUUAUGCGGCACUCGACAUGGAUUGAUCGAACCCAGGAAUGGGUCCUUUACCUGACUGCACCGAUAGAUAAUUGUGAUUAUUACAAACUGUGUGGUCCAUAUGGUAGCUGUAACGUUGGAAACUCGCGAAGAUGUGGUUGCUUAAGUAAAUUUGUGCCCCGGAAUCAAACAGAAUGGGGAAAUGGAGAUUAUUCUAAUGGGUGUGUUCGGAGGACACCAUUGGAUUGCCAUAAUGGAGAUGGGUUUCUCAAAUAUUCGCGAUAUAAAAUGUCAGACACACGCAACUCGUGGUUUGACAGGAGCAUGACCCUGAUGGAAUGUGAGACAGUGUGCUUGAAAAACUGCUCUUGUAUGGCUUACACAAAUUUAGACAUGAGAGGAGAUGGAAGUGGCUGCUUGCUUUGGUUUGAUGAAUUGAUUGAUAUGCAAGAGUUCAGUGAAAAUGGGCAAGGCAUUUACAUAAGGAUGGCUUCCUCUGAGUUAGGUCAAGCUGACCACAACUUGAAGGCAAGAAAGAGGCUUGUAGUCAUCUCAGUAAUCUUGACAGGAACACUUGCCUUGGGCAUUUCAUCGUACAUUUGGAAGAAAAAGUGGAAGCCAAAGACAGAAGGACGAAGAAGACGUCAUCCUGGAGAAGCUUACUACAAAGAAGCCAAGAAUGAAGAUAUAGAAUUACCGUUAUUUCACUUUUUUACAAUCACUAAAGCUACAGAAAACUUUGCAAUUAACAAUAAGCUUGGAGAGGGCGGAUUUGGACCUGUUUACAAGGGUAUGCUAGAAGGGGGACAAGAGAUUGCUGUGAAGUUGCUUUCGAAGAAUUCAAAACAAGGAGUUGAUGAGUUCAAGAAUGAAGUCAUCUGCAUUGCCAAGCUUCAGCAUCGGAAUCUUGUAAAGCUUCUAGGAUAUUGCAUUCAAGGAGAAGAAAGGUUGUUAAUAUAUGAAUACAUGCCCAACAAUAACUUGGACUCCUUUAUUUUCGAUCAAUCACAAAAGAUGCUACUGGAUUGGCCUAUGCGCUUCCACAUCAUCAAUGGAAUUGCUCGGGGGCUUCUUUAUCUUCAUCAAGAUUCCAGAGUGAGAAUUAUCCAUAGAGAUCUGAAAGGUAGCAAUAUUUUACUAGACCAUGAGAUGAAUCCAAAAAUAUCAGACUUUGGCUUAGCCAGAAUUUUUGAAGGAAAUGAGACGAUAGCAAAUACGAAAAGAGUAGUUGGAACAUAUGGGUACAUGUCUCCCGAAUAUGCAAUUGAGGGGCUAUUCUCAGUAAAGUCCGACGUAUUUAGCUUUGGUGUUUUGGUAUUAGAAGUAGUGAGUGGGCAGAGAAACAGAGGAUUUUUUCACCCAAGUCACCACCUCAACCUUCUUGGACACGCCUGGAGAUUAUACAAGGAAGGCAAGGCUACAGAGUUGAUUGAUGUACAACUACGGAACUCAUGCAAUCUAACUGAAGUGUUACGUUCAAUUCAUGUGGGUUUAUUGUGUGUGCAACAACAGCCUAAGGAUAGGCCUAGCAUGGAAAGUGUGGUUUUGAUGUUCAGUAGAGAGGGUGCUCUGACUCAUCAGCCUAAACAACCUGGUUUUUUCACUGAAAGAAAUCUCCUUGAAACAGAGUCAGAAAGAAGAAAGAUUGAACAAUGUUCAGCCAAUAUGGUCACCAUAACACAGUUAGAGGCCCGAUAGAAGACAAUUCUUGUUGGUGUGUAAUUGUUAUGAUCCAAGCAGGACCUUUGAGUUUGUUUAGCUAAUGAACACAAUGUCAAAGUUGUCUUUCUUGGCAAUGAGCUUCAGAAAUCUUGGCUUAUGGACACCAUGUUAAGCCUUGUUUUCUAUGCUACAAUUCGACUUACCUAUGUCUUUUACUUAGUUUGAUUGCUUUUCCUUGUCUUGUGUUGGCUAUUUGUUUGUUUCAGAUUUGUGUAUCUAAAUAUAACAAUGGGUAAUCAUAUCUU